AACUAAUUUCUUUUUAAAUACUUCAAUGACAAAUUAGUGUUGUACUGAUUUUAAAAUUGACGUUUAUUUAAUUGCGAUAAAAUUGAAACAGUAGGUAAACGAAUUGUAGGGGCAAACUAUUUUAUGUUAUUGUCAGACGAUUGUUUCCGAUGUGUUUCAGGUGUUAAUUAUUUAUCUUCAAAUGCUGUGUUUAUUUUUACAUUCAAGAUGGUGAUAACGGUUCUAACCCAAUUACUGCGCACUAGUGCACGCAGCGCUGUGCUGCGCGGCGAUUGCUCUGGAACUGGACGCGGGUGGCUACUGUAUACAGAUGACAACACCCAACCAAAAGUACCCGUCUUUAUAGCAUUGUAUAACAUGAUAAUCAUUCAUCAUCACCAUCACCAGCCUAUUAAUCUGUUCAUUGCUGGGGCUCAGGCCUUCCCUGUGGAUGGUAUCGAAUUGAUAGAAUACACCAUGACCCAUCACGUGGACCCAGUGCGGAUGGGUGGCCUUUCGAAGUACGGAGGAGUUUGAGAUAAUAAAUUUUUGGUCACCCAUCCUAUGACCGGCCAUGGCGAAAGUUGUUUAACCCUGCACCUGGGCGCCUGUUGUGCUUAAGAUGGGUCUGGC